AUGGCGAGAAACUGGACAUCAGCCUUCUACAUCUAUCUGAUCUUCUCCUGCCAGAUGCUUCCGCUGUGCACCUCGAUGCGAUCGGAGGCGGAUUUCGAAGAUGAGAUGCAGGCCCGGGGGGAGAGCACGGAUGCCAACGCGCUCCGAUCCCUGGUGGGCCUGAAAUGUGGGGAGCCUAAACCCACCGACGAAAUCAAUUGGGUCAUGAAUCCGCUGAAUGCCGACCUUCAUGAAGAUCUUGAGCCCGAAGUGACGUGCAACAGCUCGGUCGUGGAGUCCGGAAAAGUGACCCUACGGGGUGAGGCCGCGAAGGUUGGCGAUUGGAUUUCCCUUGGAAGGAGCGGGGCAUCUCUGGUUGGUGCGGUUUUGACUGACGUGGCAGAAGCAGUGGCCGACACAACGCCGGUGGGGAUUAUCCUCACCGUGCAGAGUGGGAUGAACAGCCACCUGGACCGGAAUGAGCUCAAGCGUAAACUUCAGGAAGCGCGAGCUGCGAAGGACCGUACAGGGGAGUCGGAGGCUCUCUGCUUGCUGGAGCUGAACAUGUUCAACCGCAAGGUACUCAUUGCAAGCACUGCCAUUGGCAUUGCCGGGCUCGUGGGUGCCAUCGCAACCUUGGGCACAGCCGCUCCGAUCAUUGUGACGGUUGGAAUGCUCCUGAAGCGCUUUGUUCAGAAGUGGAACACCAGACGCAGGGAGAAGAAGUGUGCGGAGAUGCAGGAAGACGUCAGCUCGGUCAAGGAAAGCGAUUUGACGGAAAAGUUGGGGGACUGCGAUCCGAAUCAGGCAGCAGAUUGCGACUCGGGGAUUGUUUGGACCAUCAAUCCCCUGUACCUCGCCCUACAUGGUGGAGGUCAUUGA